GAAGCUUACUUAACAUUUCUUCUCGCACGCGCGUUUCGUCCUCGGAUGUUCGUCUCGAGCGUACAGUCCAUUAUAUAAGUGUUAAUAGCCGAUGUGGACGCAUUGUCAAUUUUUCGAAAGAAUAAAAUAGCGCGCCGACGGUUCUCAAUCUCAGUGUGCACAUGGUACCACAAAAGCCCCCGCGAUUUAAUUUUGCCAGUUCCAUUUGCACGUAUAUGGCGUGAGUGUGUACGUAUCUCUCUUCACUUGGCUCUUUGCUUGGCACUUUGCUUGGCUCUGUAGUAAAAAUUUCUCCCGACUGACAUUUCAUCCAGCUUUCGCUUAGGCAUUAACAAUGAUGGUCUGAACUUUGUUGAUUAAUAAAAGAUUUUAAGGAAAAAUGGUGUCUAUUAUCAAAAACCAGUUGUUGAAACAUCUGUCAAGAUUUACAAAAAACUUAUCAGCUGACAAAAUUAAUUUGAGCACAUUUAAAGGGGAAGGUGAGCUAACAAAUCUUGAACUAGAUGAAACUGUAUUAACCGACUUAUUGGAAUUACCGUCAUGGUUGAGAUUGACCAGUGCAUGGUGCAACAAAGUUACUUUUCGUAUUCAAUGGACCAAGUUAAAAAAUGUUCCUAUAUUUUUGAGUUUGGAUGAAGUUCAUAUAGAAGUUGAAACUUGCGAAGAUUUAAGGGAUGUAUCUUCCUCGCAAGGUUUAUCUUCUAACACAGGACCUACAAAAUAUUCUUAUAUUCACAAAAUUAUCGAUGGCAUAACUGUAUCUGUGAAUACUGUUAGAGUUACUUUUAAGAGUCCUGCAUUUAUCGCUAAAGUUCAGAUGUCUCGCAUAAUAGUUGAAUCAAAGUCACCAACGUGGCAACGAUGUGAUUUGAGAACAACAAGAGUAAAAGAUCCCGAUAGGGGUCAGUUAUUAAUUUUUAAGGAAUUGGAAUGGCAAACUGUAAGAAUAGAAGCACAAAGUACUAAUGAUAAUGAUAUUUCACCUCUUCGUCUUCUUACAAAUCAAGCAAGAUGUAGAGUAACUAUUAAAAAACGACUGUCUGACUGUUUUGUUAUGGGAUCUCGAUUGGUUAUUAUACUUGAUGAUCUUUUGUGGGUUCUAACCGAUUCUCAACUAAAAGCUGCUUUACACUUCAUUGAUUCUCUUGGGGGGCUAAUUGAACGAUCAACAAUUUUAGAGAGAAAAACGAAGGCUGCUAGAAAAUUAGAGGUACUACCAGAAUAUCAAGCCCAAGUUUCUCAACAAAGUAGAAGCAAAAGCCAAAGUAAUACAGUCAUUGCAAAAAUAUUUAGUAAGUACGACGUUGUGGAAACGUCAUAUCAUUUCCUUUCUCAGAGAAUAGAUUUGCAUCUUUGCGAUGAUAUGGGAUCUGGCCGAUCGGUACAUCCUGAAUUAAAAGAAGGUGGUGCACUGCAAAUAUCGUUAAUUAAGUUUCAAGUGGACUAUUAUCCGUAUCAUUUAGCUUUAGCGGAUAGGAAGCAUUGGGCUGUGUAUAAAGAGAAUACUAUACCACAUGGUCAAUGGUUACAACAGUCUCUUAAUGCCUUUCGAGGUCAAUUUAUGGAUCUUAUUGAUUCUGGAAGAACUCAAAAUUCUCCAUUAACAAAAAUUGAGGGCAAUGUUGGAGCUGGAAACUUCAAAGAAUCUGACAAGAUAUUUAAUAAUCAAAAUCAAAAUUCAGAUUCUCAAGAGCAAAAGAAAUCAAUGCAAUAUCCUAGUGGAAAUCCUGUAAAAAAUUACGUUUUAGAGCAAUUAGCAAAAUUGAUGACAACAUGCAUUGUUAUUAGAAUAGAUGACUUCACUUUAUACAAAGUAACAACAUCAUCUAGAAAAGUGAUUCCAAAAGAGUUCAUAAGAGGUGAUAGAGAAAGAUUCUGCUUACCAGAGAACGUGAAUAUACUUCAUGCCGAGUUUACUUAUUACUAUUAUCCUGGAGAUCUUAAUUUUCCAUUACCACCUCCAAAAUUUUAUGUACAACUUAACCCCAUUCAGAUAAACUUUGAUGUCUGCUCUUGUCUUUGGUUCAAUUCAUUCCUUCUCAACUUAUAUCAUUCACUUUUGAAUAAUAACAGCAAUAUGGCAAGCGCCUCUUCCAACUUCAUGUAUUUUGAUGUGAAAAUCGAAGCAAUAUUGCCAAGAAUAAUUUUUGAAAGUCUCGAAGACUAUCCUAAUCAAAAGGAUAGACCAAAGUCUUUGCAUAUGCAAACGUCGAGAGCAACUAUAACAAAUGUAAGAUCAUCCGAAAGUUCAUCAAGAGCUGAUUUAGCACAAUGCCUUAAUGCUUUCCAAAUGGGUCAAAUGUUUUUUGGCUCUGAAUUUCCUAACAAAAGUGGAGAUUUUCACGUAAUUACGAACAAAUUCUUCGAACAUUGUGCUGGAACGGAUUGUAUUAGAUCUCUUCCACCGAAUUUCUCGAGUAAUUCCAUUAAUGAAAUGGUCCGUCAAUUGACUAGAGAGCUUCUUUGGACCGAAGCGAAGGACGUUUGGUGUUGUAAUAUGGAACCGGUUUGGGGCGACUUUUUUGGAGCUCGAGCAGUUGGGUCGAAUCGUCCAGUACCCUUUCUCGACGCUUUUCCCCUAACGCUUUGGGUUCACAUGAAUAACUCCAAGUCAGAAAACUCAUCGGAUACCGCAAAUAUUCACGGCCUUGCUUAUAUCAGUAAUUUAAUUAGUGUACAAAUCAAUCAUUACCAAUAUUUGUUUCUACUGAGGCUGUUCGAAUUGGUUUCUGAGCUUUCGACGUACAUGUCCAUCGACUCGAAUAAAAUCUUAAAAGUUGAAUCUGGAGGUUCCUUGAUUAUCGGAGCUUUGAUUCCCCAAAUUGAAGUUACUUUCAUCAUGCCAUCUCAAACUCCUGGCAAAGAAAACUCCGGGGCCGAUCUCGAAUCCAUAGUGCCUGACAGUUCAAGUAUAAUCGACGAUAUUGGAGGUUCAUCCAACUUCUGUCAACAUACAAUAACUGCGCGUAUGGAGUAUAGCAACAAACGAAAUAAUACGAGCAAUGAUGCUGUAACAUUUCAGGACGACAUCACUCCCAUAAAUUCGAUGGAUUUCACUGAUUUUUCCGGCAACGCUGCCCAUCAGAAUAUUCUUAUCUUUAAGCAACAGAACGGCUCCGAGCGGGACGAGCAGAAAGUAAUACCUUCUAGUGCGAUGGAAAAGUCAUGGCCGAGGAAGACGUUGGAGGAGAAGCCAAAGCUUGCUAAGGCCGAUUCAGUGUCCGGCAUCAUUCCAAAUAACUUUAAUGUCAAUCUGUCUUCUAUGAAGAAGGGUUUUAGCAACCUUAUGACAUCGUUGGAUUCGGCUUUAAAACCAUCGCCCGAUGAUGCUAGUGACACAAUUUCAAUGCAAAGUGACGUAAGCUCGGAUAGUGAAAACGACAUUGUUGUAUCCUUCGAGGAUCAUGAAAAAAUGGAUGCGGUUUUUAAUGUUGAUAAUUCGAUUAUCGCUGUUGAAGAAGCGAGCGAAGUCGUGGAAGAGACUCCUGAUACACAAAGCGAAAAAUCAAUGGACAGCGUAUGUAAAAGGAAAGAUCUGGUGUCGAUGACGACCUUCAAAUUAUCAAAAGUUGAAGUGAUACAGCAAUCACUUGGAUUUUCUUCGGCAAUUAAAAUUCAAGUUUGUAACGUAGACAAUGAAGAAUGUUCAUCUAUACCAUGGGAUGAAUUUCAGACAAAAUUCACAUCCCGAUCAAGAGGUUGGGUAGAGCUUCCGUCUGAUUCAGACUGUAGAUCGCGUAUCAAGUUGCGUUUGGAUCAUUGUCUGAGAAAUCAAGAAGAUAUGAAAAAUCUUUCAGAAAUAAGUCAAAUUAUAAGUAGUGGUGGCGAUAUUCUAUCUUUACAGGAUCCGAAUAAAGUCACUGAUACCGAUCAUAUUGCCAACAGUAUUAAUUUCGAUAAUAAAGAAGUUAUAUUAAAUCUUUUUGAGGAUAAAAUUGAGGUGAAAGUUGCUAAUAUACCAUUCACUAUUGCAAUGAGCUCAGUCACGGGCUUAAGCGACUUAAUUGAGGAUGAAAUUAUACAUAAACCAAUACCAUUGGAGAUAUUGAUAGAAAAUAUAACAUUGCAUCUAAAUGAAGAUCGGCCGCCUAAUAAUAUAACAUCACCUGGACCGAUUCCAAUAGAUCUAAAUAUUUCCAAGCUUAAAAUAACGAGAAAUAUCUCCAGAGUUUUUCAUAUAGAACCCGUUGUAAAUGCAUUGAAAGAAAGCAAAGAUAGGGCUGCGACUUUUAACGAAGACAUUACUCAACAUAUCAAGCUUAUGGAACAAGAGAUGAGUAUUUUGAAAGAAAUGAAUCAACAGCUGCAGUCAGAUAACGAGGAACUACGUCGAAGAUUCGUAACUAUGGAACGUUUGUCAGAAGAAAAUUCGAAGCUUCGAAGAACCAAGGAAGAACUUCGGUCUUCGUUGAAUGUAGCGCAAGAAGACAUAUCAGUCUUAUUGAAAGAAAAAAAAAUAUUGCAGGGAUCUGUAAUUGAUCUGCAGACUCAGUUAAGUAGUAACACUGGAUUUGGUACUAGUAAUAGAGGUUCCAUGUGGUUAAAUAAAAGAUAGCAUACUAGUUGCUUCGACUGCUCUACUUGUUGUAGUUCAAGUAAAUCGUAACGGAUUGUAUUUCUUCAUAAGAACAUAUAUUUAAAAAAUGUGUCUUUGAAGUUAAAAAAAAAAUGAAGUUCAGAUAGUAUCCAAAAAAGAAUUUACGAGAGUUCAUAAUGAAUAAACUUUUAUUAUUUCCUAAUGGAAAUACAAGUCAGGAUUCUAAUAUAAUUCAUUACACUAACAUAUGCUAGUAACUGCCAAAAUGGCGGUAUCAUAAUACGUUAUAUAUAUAUAUA